AUGCUCUACAAGCCCGCCGGGAUGCCGCGAUCGAGGCUGCUUCUGGUGGUGGCAGCUGUUGCCGCCUGGGCCGGAAGCCGAAACUUCGUCUUCCCCGCGGCCACACCGCGGGCCCCUGGCGUAGCGCGGCGCGUGGACGGCGCCGUGGUCGAAGCCGAGCCGGAGGAGGACGAGGUGCAAGUGUGGCAGGAAGCGUAUGCCCUGGAGCUGGAAAGGGCGGAGUUGCUCGACGCACAGCUCCAACAAGGCCUCGACAGGCUGCAAGAGCUGAGCGCCACCCUGAAAGAGGAGUUUGAAGGCUGCCUAAUCGACCUUGAGGAGGCACCAGAGAAGCCUGAUGCCACAGAGGCCGCCAAGUGGUCGGAGGCCUACUUGGGAAUUCGCAAGUGCAACGAGCAGCUCGAGCUGAAAGUCAAUGAGCUGAAAGCCAAAAUCUCAGAGAAGGAGGAUGAGAAGACUGGGGAUUACUACGGGUGGACCGCACGUAUGGAUCUUGGGCCAAUCGCGUUCAAAGGAAUCCGGUUCACAGACAUACAGUUCGACCGGUACCAUCGUGAGAAGGGCUCGUCGUUCUAUUUCGUCGAGCUGAAGAUGCCUCUGGGCCUGCAACUCGAAGAGGUGGAGAUCGAAGGGAUCGGCAGGGUGAUCCAGGUGACGGAUAUCGUGGAGGGCAGCUCCGCCUUCAAUGACGGCAGCAUCCGUAAGGGUGAUUUCCUUCGUGCCGUGACUACCCCGCAGCGGAAACUUAGCGGAGAAGAAGGUGAAGAAGGAGACAUCACUGAGACCUUCGGUGUGAAUGCCGGCCAGCAAACCAAGGCUGUCCUCGUGAUCCCCAGGAACUUCCCCUUCCAAAAGGUGUUGGAAGAGAUCUCAGAGAAUCAAAGGUUGGACAGCCUGGCAGGCUUGGCCUUCGAAAGGCCCUUCAAUGAUGAGUGA